UUCAUUUCCUAGAGGACAACUUAAGACAGCUCUCUACAACACGUCAUAGACACUUAUGAGACACUAUGGACCAAGACUCAGAGCGUGCUCGGUUUGUGGACGAACACUGGGCGAAACUUGUCCAGAGAGUACAGAUGGUGAUGCCGAUAGCGGAUGAGCUGCUGUCCGGUGGCAUGCUGGAAUGGGAGCCGUACUGUAAGAUCAGAGCAGCAGAUACUAACCAGGAGAAAAUGAGAGAGUUUUAUAAAGUGUUACAAUCUGGAGGAGACAAGGUUAAAUCUGCCUUGUAUUCUAGACUGGAAAUCCAUGAGCCAUCUCUGUUUAGAGACUUAGUCUCCACAGGACAUCACACACGCUCUGAAAAAACACAUUCCUCAGAAAGCAGCCCAGUGAUUCACAAAUAUAUGAAGCGGAUCUGCAGCGAGUAUCAGUAUGUGACUGAGUAUAACUCACUGCCUGGUGAACAUGUGCUGCUGUCUGAGCGCUUCACACAACCUCUGAUCCUUCGGAAACAUAGAGAUCGAAUAGAGCGAGAAGAAGAGAUCCGCUCCAGUGGAGAGAGCUUCCAGCAGGUCCUCAGCUCCAGGAGCAGUGGAGACUCUCAUCUCAACUCUCUGUUCGACCCAGAUGACCACGGGAUCAGUCCCAGUUCUGUGAUACUGCAGGGAAAUUCUGGAAACGGGAAAUCUUUCACUGUGCAGAAGAUCAUGAUGGACUGGGCAUCUGGUGACCUCUACAAAGGGCGGUUUGAUAUUGUGUUCCACUUAAAGUGUAAAGAAAUAAAUCGCAUUCCUGGCGAGAAGAGUUUGGUGGAGAUCUUGAGCUGCAGUUGUAGUUUAACAUCACAUGAGAUCUCACAGAUUUUACAGCAGUCGCCAGAGAAGGUGCUUGUGGUCAUUGAUGGAUUUGAUGAGCUGAAACUCCCACAGGACAUUAAUGACACGUCAGCACACACUGAUCUGCUUCAGAAAGCCCGACCUGUGGACACUCUUUGUGCCCUGCUGAGGGGUCGAAUCCUGCCAGAGUCUUUCCUGCUGGUCUCCUCCAGAUCUACAGCUACAGACACACUCAGUGAUCUGCUCAAAGGACCUCAGCGUUUCUCUGAGAUUGUGGGAUUUUCAGAGAAGGGGGUGAAGGAGUACUUCCAGAAGUUUUUUCAAAAUGAGGAACUUUUCAGGGACGCUUAUACAUAUGUGAAGGCAAAUGAAACCCUCAUCACUGCCUGCUCAAUCCCUGUCAUCUGCUGGAUCAUCUGCACAGCUAUCCAGGAGCGAUUCAAAUAUGGUGAAAAUGAGACAAGCGGACUGGAAACCACCACCUCCAUCUACGUGGACUUUGUGUGCACUCUUCUGAAGCAUCACUGCCAGGGUUUGAGUCAGUCCGUCCUGACCCUGCUGAGGAGUCUGGGUCAGCUGGCAGAGAGAGGGAUGCGGGAACAGCAAGUCCUGCUGGAUGAGGAUAGUGUGAAUGAAACCAUUUCAGACCCGGCUGGAAAUCCAUUCUUGUGCAAGUUCCUGUUUAAGAGACGAGUCGACCUGGAGACGAUGUUCAGUUUCAUGCAUCUCAGCUUUCAGGAGUUCUUCUGUGCUCUGUACUAUGUCCUUCUGGAUGAAGAAGAGUCCCUGGGGAAACUUUUAAUGGAUAGUUCCUCAGAAACACGUUUUGAAGCUGUGGUGCAAUUUGCAUUUGGUUUGUUGAAUAAGGAUGUGAGAUCCACACUUAAAGAACACGGUCUGUUCAUUCGUCCAAAAACACAGGCUCAUCUGAAAGAAUGGAUUUUGGAAAAGGUUAAAGGUUUUUCCAGGUCUUCGAAUUUAGUAUUUAUUCUUCUUCACUCUCUCUAUGAACUUCAUGAAGAAGACUUUGUGAAAGAAGCAAUGGCAUUCUGGAAAUAUAUUAAUCUAUUUGAUAAAUCCCUCAGUAGAACAGACUGCUGUGCCCUGCUGUACUGCUGUCAGUGCUGUCAGAGCUUUGAAGAACUUUAUUGUUUGAGUUUGAAAUCGGAAUAUCUGUCUAUGAUUUUGCCUAUACUUCACAAGUUUAAAGAUGCAAGCUUUGUUAUAGAAGAUCCAUCAGUCUCUGAUCUCGGUGAACUGAUCAACACUGUCACGAGAGGACAGACCCUGAGCUCACAGAGUGUCUACAUAAAGAUUCACCAGGAUCACUAUCUGGAUUUGGGUUCAUUCAGUCUCACCUUUUCACACCCAGUUCUCAACAUCGACUGGACCAGACUUUUUCAGAUAAUUAAGCAAAGGGAUUUAGAAGCAUUCCUGUCUGUUCUCCAUUCCUUCUCUAACCUGGAGAAGAUGGAAAUGAGCGUGAAGUGUCUAACUGAGAAGUUGUCUGUUUGGAUCCUCCAGAUGAGCCAGAACUGCCCCAAACUAACCGAACUCACGUUAGAUGCUGGCUUAUUACUGGAGGAUGGAGUCGAGAUCUUGCAGAGCUCAAACACAAGACCAAGAUGUAUGAUGACAUUUAACGGGUCCAUUUGCAAUAAACCGUCUCAAAAAUGCACAGAUUCUGAUGACCGUUGGUCUCGCUGCAACCAGUAUGUGAAGAUUCUUCUGAAUGACCAGGGCUUUUCCAUGGAGACUUUGCGGCAGUAAGUUAAGACUGAGAUUAACACUAAGAAAGCACCAAUA